CGCGUACCGUAGUGAAAUAUGCCGCGAUGUUUGGUCAUGAUCGUCAAUUCGAAGCGCUAUCGCGCUGCAUGGCACAAUCCGACACGGAUUUUUAAAAACCCCCGGCACUAAAACGGUUAAAGUAAUACUCUUUAUAUUCCUCUGCAUGUUAACUCCAAUUGCGUAGAUUUCGGCCUUAAAUGACUUUUCAAUCAACGUGUCUCUUCAAUCGUCGCACAAGUGCGCUGUGGUUCAAUAGGUUGUUAACGUUGGGAUUCCUAUAUAUAAAGAGGAUCUAAGUUUACAGCGAAGAGGGUUGUUUCGAGCAGGGAACGGAAUCCAACUGAUAACGAUUAUUUGCAUCGAAGCGUUACUGACUUCAUGCCCACGUGAAGCAUGGAAACGAACAACGUUAAUUCGCAAAUCGAUUUGUUUGGCCGGAAGGAACAACUGACUGCCAAGAAAUUUUUAGCCAAUCUCGAUGUACCGAAUGUAGAGAGCGCCUUAAAUUACUCAAACUUUCGGUUGAUUUGUGGCGCACUCUUUCCGCCGGACGAGCUCGAGCAACAUGAUUGGAGGAUCAAGGAUAUGUUUGAUAUGUUUGACAACGAUCAUGAUGGCGCCCUAAAAGAAAAAGAAUGGAAAAUUUUUUACGAAUGGUUGAGAAUGAUGGUUGAGCCGGUGAACGCGUUGGUGGUCGUAGAUAUGCAGAACGAUUUUAUCGACGGAUCGUUAGCUUUACGUGAUUGUAGAGCUAAUCAAAAUGGUUUCGACGCGGUGGAACCGAUAAACCGUUUGAUCAAACACGGAUUUUUCGAUAAAAUUAUUUAUUCGCUGGAUUGGCACCCCGAAAAUCAUAUCAGCUUCUACGAGAAUCUGCAUUCGCGAGAACUUCAUACAGACUCGAAGGUAACGAAGGAGGAGGCAAAAUUAUUUGACACAGUGGUAUUCGCGAAACCUUAUUUGGAGCAGACACUGUGGCCGAAACAUUGCGUCAUGUACAGCUGGGGUGCCCAGUUGCAUAAAGAUCUGGUGAUCGUGCCUGGUUCGGAACAGGUACUAAAGGGUAAAGACCCCGAGAAGGAGGUUUACUCGGCAUUUCUUGAGAAAGAUUCGUCAGGUUCCAGCGAGUUGCUGAAGAUUCUUCGUAGGUCCGACGUUACACAUGUGUUUGUUUGCGGUGUAGCUUACGAUAUCUGUGUGAAAGCCACUUGCUUAAGCGGUCUUCAAUUGGGAUACCCUCUUGGGGUGAUCAAUGAUUGUUGUCGCGGCGUAGAUCCAGAUGGUAUCGAAGCUACGAAGCAAUUAAUUUUAGAGAACGACGGUAUAAUCAUCGAAAGUGAUGAAGCCUUAUCACUGGUGAACGGAGAGAAACGAAGCCUUCUUAUGAGUCACAAAUCUGCAAAGACGUUAGCCUCGACUUUAGUCUCUAAUACUAUCGCGGCUAUGUAAUUGAUGUCGUCUAACUGCGAGAGAAACGUGUGACAGAAAAAGAAAUACAAGGUUCAUACCCGCUUCGAACUCUAAACGGAUUAUAAAUAUUACACUGAUACGCUAAAAAUCUACCUCAGUCGUUAUUUAUCGUUUAAGGUUGCGUGUCAAUCAACGCCCGCGCAGUUUUCUCUAUCCUGUUCGCUGAUUCAUCGUCUACCGUUAAUUUGCAAGCGUAUCUAUGCCUCGUCCCGCAAUCGUCACUGUGAUAAGAGUAUAGUCGGGACGUCGAAUUGUAAGACAGUUUCAGGCAUCUACAAAAACGUAAAAAAAUUAAGUAAAUCGGAUUGUGAAUUCCGAUAAUAAUAUUUCUUUUAAAAGUCUCAACUGAUUCACGUACAACAUGCAUUAGGUCGUCCCAUACAUUCGUACCGCCUAUUUUUAUAUUAUAUAUAUAUAUAUAUAACAUACAUAGCUUUAUUAAAUAUAAAAUUUGUAUAACUUCAUAACCUGUCGCUCUUGAAUACCUUCUACUGACUAAACUGUAGCAUAAAGGUAUAGUUACCAGGUCUGUGAUUACAAAACGUUUCGUGAGAAGUAUAAACACACCGCGACAUGAACUUAUGGGACGACCUCAUAUAUACGCUUUUCCUUCGUAUUAAUUGCGACGAUCCAACGGACACCUAGAUUUAUGUGUAUACAGAAACUAAUUCGAGUGUAAUAAUUACACUCUGUUGCGUUUCAAAUAAAGUGCGGACCUCGUUACACGUGUCACUCGAGUUAUUGUUCCUUGACACUUUAUAUCUUAUUACGGAUAAGAUAAUGGUAAUUUGGAAAAUGAAUAAAAAUCUCUCACCUGCCAUCGCCAGGUACGGUCUGUUUCAUGUUUUGAUGAACCGGCUUCGCGCUGCUUGCCCAAAUCCACAAGAGACCGGG